ACGGGAGCAGAAUUCAUAGUACUUUUGGACUUUCGUGUUACUUACGGCUGCUCGACACCUCAAAAUCCUCAAGUAGAUUUAUCCGCUUUCAAGAGUGUCUACUAUGUUUCUCAGACUCAUUUCGAUACUCUGUCUGAAUAUUUCUUGCUGUAAUCUCGCUCUUGCUUUCUGCAGUGGUCAUAGGCGAAUAGUAAUAUCGGGCGUCAUUCUGUCCAGCCUGUCAAUCCGUAGCAUACUUGACAUGAUGCCUAUGCAAAUGCUGUCCUAUUGAAGGCGAAGCAGUGUCACUGUGGUACCUGAUAACGGCCGUAUAAACGGCCGGUAUUUGCGCAGAAUGACAAACAUGUUACCCCUCUUUUGCCAACAUUCACCACAUUAACGAGAAGGCCAACACUAUAGCGCUCAUGUCUGGGGAACCGCAGACCACCCGUGGUGUCAGCAGUGACAAUAUCUCUUUCAAGACGGACUUUACGCUAGAACCGCUGAAGGGAUUAGGAUCAAACACAACUGAAAAUCAUGCUCUGCAUCCGGGUCAGCCUCACAACGAUUCGGGAUCAUCAUCCAGCGGUUGGUCCAAACUCGCAGGCAUGCUUAGUACUUACGAUGAAAGGACCAUACGAAACUGCAAAGAAGAUAUUGACACCCUGUUAGUCUUUGCUGGACUUUUCUCUGCAGUGUUGACAGCGUUUAACAUCGAAUCCUAUAAACAACUACAGAUCGAUCCAGCAGAAAUCUCUGUUCUUCUCCUUACCCAGAUCGCCAUGCAGCUCAAUACAUCAGCGAUCAAUCCCGCCUUGCUUUCACAGUCCCAGCCGACGGCUAUCUCACGAGUUUCCAUACGCAUCAACACCUUGUGGUUCUCAAGUCUGGUGUUUAGUUUGGUGACAGCCUCGUUGGGCAUGCUUGUAAAGCAGUGGUUACGAGAGUACUUGGCUCUCGAAGCCACUUCCGCUCAAGAACGUUGUCGUAUUCGCCACUAUCGGCAUAAAGGACUAGUGCGAUGGCGUGUCCUCGAGAUAGCUGCACUCUUGCCGUUACUCCUCCAAACCGCAUUGAUCCUCUUCUUCAUCGGCCUGAGCGACUUCCUUCGUGAUCUUAACCCUAUCGUUGGGUGGGUCGUGACUGGCCUGGUCGCAUCGUGGCUGGUGGUCUGGGUAUCGACAAUGGUCGCUCCUGUCUUCUACGCCCAAUGUCCUUAUAAGACACACCUCUUCAAAGGUGCUGUCAAAUUUCUUCGACGUACUUUCUGGUCUCUGGAUGGGUAUGAGGAAGAGUUAUCUGUGCGCAGAAGCCCUGAUGCAGACGCUGCCAUUCUAUCUGAAGUUGACGUGACCUUCAUGGAUGACGAGCUGGUUGGAGUCAUAGGACACUGUAUUGCCGGCUUUCCUAACACUGCGCUUCAGGACGUAGUUAACUGCGUAUCGAAGGUCACGAUGAAUAGGACUCACGUGCCGCGGAGUUUGGCUGUGCUUUUGGAGGCAACAGUCGCUGCACUGCACCGCGAGCUUGAUGCAUACGGUGCCAAUGGUUUGCGACUUUCCAGCGCGGUGGAGAGAGCUUGGACGUACAUCAUCGAUCGGCUGGACUCAGCCCCAGCUGUGAAUCUUUCGAACCUUCUCACUCGGCUAUUGGAUCAAAACGAACGUGUUGUUCGCUUCCAUCUUGCUGCGAUUUGUACGAGAUGGCGAGGGACGCUAUAUAGUGCUUUCCGUCGUCAAACGAGUCCUCUGAAGGAUUCCAUGGCCCUGCUGAACGUCAUGACCUUCGUUCGGAACUACAUUCGAAGUGACUGGGCUAGUCGUUCUUGCCUCUUAUUCCUCUUCUUUGUUGUGCAUUCAGAGGAUCAUGUCAGGGAAGGGUUGCUCGUCGACAUCGGGAAACUCUUGCGUGAAUAUGGACGGCAAAUGCAUUCCAUGUUACACAAAGAGGAGUACUAUCUCCACAAGACGACUGCGGAGCAAUGCUUAGCCCUUAUAGCUGAGCUUCGAGAGAAGCAUCCUGGUCUGAAAUGUUCCCAACUUGUCUCUGUGCUCGAACAUGCGAAUGUCAACUUGAUGUAAACCCUACAUAACCCGCUGAAUGUCAAUGCGAAACCUUGAAUCGAAUAACUUUCGAACGCGUCUUGCUUUCGUCUAGAAGUGGCCCUUGUUUCUGGGGGAUAGGUAUCGUAACUUCUAUGCUUGCUUUCUGAGUACAACGAUUUCGUGAUUCAAUUCAUGUGUUCGGAAGGGCUUUGCUGCACAUAGACACUGAAGUUCUCAUCACCAGAGGAAGAUAUGAGCAAAAGAACCCUUCCGUGGUUUUCUUCUCAGAUCCAGAUGAAAUUGGAGAAACGUGGACCCCAGCCAGAUUGAUACCCAAGGGACGACAAGAGUUUUCCUUGAGCAUGAUACAAAGUAUGAAAGGAUCAAGGACGUAAUACGAUGUCUUACCAAGGACACGGUUUAGUGGCUAAUCAACAUAAUAGCAUACAUGUAUAAGUGGUAUGUUCAAUGGCUCAUUUACCUUGAUCGUAUG